UGUAAUACACAAGCGUUGGAAUUACAAGGCCUUUAUGAGGUGCAUAUAUUAGAUGCUGAGAUCAUAGGAGCGCUAUCGGGCUGAGCGUUGAGGGCUCCAGUUACUUCCAUUUGCAAGGCAUUCACUGCAACAGAGCAGAUUUGAUUGAAGAUGGUGCUCCUUAAUUCCAAAAUUGUGCAGCUGGGAGCAUUUUUUGUGAGUCUUAUGGGCUUGGCGACUUCUAUUGUGACCACUUUUUUGCCUCUGUGGAAAACCAUGAACACAGAUCUGAACGAAAUGGAGAACUGGUACCAGGGGCUGUGGCACAACUGCGUGUUUCAGGACGAAGUGGGUCUCCAGUGUAAGCCCUUUGACUCUUUUUUGGCCCUACCUGCCGACAUAAUGAUCUCUAGGAUUUUGAUGCUCAUUUCCAAUGUUCUAGGAAUUCUGGGUUUAUUAGUCACCGUUGCUGGGAUGGACUGCAUCAAACUUUCAGGUGACAAGGAUCUCUUCAAGAAGAAAAUUCUGGUUUCUGGUGGGGUUCUUUUCUUGUUAUCCGGAAUUACAACCCUCUUUCCAGUGUCCAUGGUUGCAUACUUGAUGGUGUCUGAGUUCUGGGAUGACAAUGUGCCCGAGCUUGUCCUCCGAUGGGAGUUUGGAGAGGCUAUGUUUUCGGGAUGGUUUGCCGGACUUUUUCUAGUCCUUGGAGGUGCUUUUACUUUUGUGUCAAUUUGCAUGAUGAAGUCAAGUUCUUCACCAGUUUACCACAUCACUCCCGGAAACCAGAAGACCGUGCAGUACCUGAAGACUGAGGUGCUAUAGGACCCAAAGGGAGAGGGAGAGUGAACAGUAUGGAUAUGUGUUUGUAUGUUUGUCAUUUGUAAUGCUGGCUCCAGAGGCUGCUUACAUGCCAAAAUUAAUAAUACAGUAAAUUAUGAAUAAAUUAAUUCAUAAAGAAA